AUGGGCUUUACGGACCCGGAAUUCUCACAAGAUCAGAUUGAUUGCAUAUGCGAAGCAUUGUACAAAGCAAAGGAUGGCAAAAAAUUAAUGGAAUUAUUUGGUCAAAAUGGCAUAAAUUUUUUACGUUAUCGGUACCACCAUUCAAAUUCAGUCAUCCGAGCGUACCUUUACAUGCUCUAUCACUGUCAACGAUAUGAUGAAUUCUUUCAGGCAAUAGCUUCACAUCGGUUUGAACAGAAAUAUUUCAAAGAAUUACAAGACUUGUGGUAUGAAGCUCAUUACGCUCAGAAUGAACAGCGAAGACAAAAAGAAUUGGGUGCUGUAGAAAAAUACCGGCUUCGACAAAAAUAUAAACCGCCGAUGACAAUAUGGGAUGGCGAGGAGACAAUUUAUAAUUUUAAAGAAAAUGCUCGAAAGAUUUUACGAUUAUUUUAUAAACGGAAUAAAUACCCGACAUUGGAGGAGAAAAACGAGAUUUCCAAGCUGACAGAUUUAAAAAUUGUUCAGAUAUCGAACUGGUUUAAGAACCGCAGACAACGGGAUAAGCCGAGAAGUAUCUGCUGA